AAGGAUCGGCCCAGUAGUCCCACACUCUCUCUGUCCCUCCAAAGCCGAGGUCGUUUUCCUCCGUCAGCCAUGGGAGGUGCAAGCAGCUUCCUUGCCAUGCUCGGCAUUGCCGGCUUCCUGGGGGCGGCGUGGACUGCCAGCAAGGUCUCCCGGCUUUUGGGGAUUUCCUCCAUUGUGCUUGAGAUCGUCGUGGGGGUCGCCCUGGGUCCCAGGGGCUUCGGUGUCGUGAGCCCCGUGUACACGGUCUGCGAGACCAAGCGCUGGGAUGACUGCGGCGGCCCGGAGGAUCUGGACGACAGGAUCGCGAACGGCCUUCCACUGGGAGCAACCUUGGGCCGCAUCGCCUCGAUGGAUCUCUGCCACGCUGCCGACUAUGACCACGGUCAUGGCCACGUUAAUGGGCACGGCCUCUUCAACGUGACCGUUGACUACGUGGGUGGAGCCACGCCAGUCGUGUCUGAGGAGCUUCAUGGGGACACCGACCACAGCGCCGACCACAGCGCCGACGACCACAGCGCCGACCACAGCGCCGACACCGCUGACCACAGCGCCGACACCGCUGACCACAGUGGCGGCCAUAGGCGUCUUUCGGGCGGUCACUACAGCAGCUACAAAGAGUGCCUCAUCAAAGAGUGCGAGCAUGAAGUCGACAACCAGUGCGGGUCAUUCCCAGACUUCUUCACGCUGAUUGGCCAUGCAGGUGUCGGGCUCAUGAUCUUCGAGAGCGGCAUGCACUUCGACUUUGAGAAAGCCAAGAUUGUGGGCCCUCCGGCGUGCUGCGUCGCUGUCUUGGGCACCAUCCUGCCGCUGAUUUUCGGCACCCUGCUGACCAUGGCCUUUGGCCGGCCCUUCAUGCCCGACGGCAUCUCUGCGGGGACUGCCCUUGCACCCACCAGUGUGGGCAUCGCUCUGCGCUUGCUGGGGGAAGCGGGGGUGCUCCAGGAGAACUUCGGCCAGGCCAUCAUCACAGCCGCCUUCGUGGAUGACAUCCUGUCCCUGGUGCUCUUCAAUGUUCUCUUCAGCCUGGGCGGUGAGUUCGACGCCUUCAAGACGAUUUAUGCCCCGAUCAUCGGCAUUGCUUUCAUGGGCUUUGCGUGCGUGCUGGCGGUGAAGUUUUGGCCCUUCUUCUUGAAGAAUUACAUCCUGGCAAAGGUGCCCAAGAAGGCCGAGGGCGCGAAGAUCUCUGCCGCGGACGAGGCGCUCUUCCUCUUCAUGUUUGCGCUGCUGUUCGUCUAUGCCACCAUCACUCACUUCUUGGGCACGCACCUGUGGGGCUGCUUCAUCGCGGGCAUGUCCUUCGCCUGCCUGGACCCCCCGCACCAUGCCCACCAUGUCUGGGUGAAGCAGACCAAGCGCCUGACCUCGUGGAUGAUCCGUCUCGUUCUUGCCAGCCACGAGGAGGCCUCCUUGCUGUCGCUGGGUCUAGAUCGGCGACAUGAGGAGCGGCUUCUGCGCUGUGCCUCUGCACCCCCAGGCGACAAGGGCUGCUGGGACACCCCGGCGCCCCCGGAGUUCGAGGUGUUCCUUCGCCUGGCGGACGGCCGCGGCUUCCGGGUGCACGUGAACACCAGCUGGGCGCCCGUCUUCGCACAGCGGUUCUGGCAGCUCUCCAAGCUGAGGUGGUGGGAGGAUGUGCCCAUCUACCGCAACGACUAUGUGAACACCACGGAGCGCUUCAUGAGCCAAUUCGGUUUAGUGGGUGCCCCGAGAGUGAACCAAGCCUGGACCGCCCACAAGACCUCGAAUCAGACUGCCCCGGCCUUGGUUUCCAACACCCGCGGCCGAGUGAGCUUUGCUAUGGACGCUGUUGUUUGCCAGCAAGGCGGCGAUGAUCCGUGCGCGCCGUAUCGUCCGAAUUGCACCGCAGCGGACUACUGCGCCGUCGGAUACACCACGGAGAUCUUCGUCAAUUACGGGGACAACUCGCGCCUGGACCCUCAUGGCUUUGCGCCGUUUGGGGAGGUGCGGGACAUGGACACCUUGGACGAUGUCGGCAAGACAUUGGGGAGAAUGUAUGGAGAAGUGCAGGAGCUCUGUGACAGCCCCAGCCCAUACUGUGUCUUCCGCAAUGGCAAAUGCCGGGGAGUGAACGUCAGCACAUUUCAGGCAAAGGGUCACUGGUACAUCAUGUCCGGGUUUCCAAUUAUGUAUGCUUUGCGAAUCGCAGAUGUGAAGACGGUCUGA